UGAGGAAGCUAGAAAUGAGACGAGAGGUUUUUAUAGGCAAGACACAAACAGAUCACUGACCGAUCGAGACGGUGGUGGCAGGUGUCGAUUAGUGUCGGAAUGAAGUCCGAAUCCCUACUCACCUCAUUGGCGGCAUUUUUACCCUAACAAACAGCUGCCGUGUCGAGGGGAUGAUUCGAUCCGUCACGUAGGCCACAGUGAAGUUAUACUGAGAGUGUUUGAAAAAGUGAUAAAAAAAAGGAAGAAUCAAUAAGUCACCAACAAAAGGUCCUGGUACCCCCCUAGACGGCUAGUGCCUUGCACAACUCGAUACCAGAGUACCAUGCGCAAUUGAAGUAUAAAGAAUGCUAAACAUUUGUACUCGACAUUCUUCACGUAAUGUAGAGAUCCAGGGUUUUUCACGUGAUCGGUAAGGGUUAGUUUGGCCUCAAUUUUUUUUAGUAAGUGCAAGACUCCUUCACAGCCAUUACAGUAACACAAUAAUCGUCUUCGAUCAGAACUGUAUGAUGAAGAAGCUGUAUCACCUCUACUUCGAGAUUAUUUGCAAUCUUUGAAUAAUUAUGCAAAAUAUUACGUUAUUAAGAAACCAGUUACACACAUCCAGAUAUAGAGAUCAGUGAUCACGGACCCUGAAGAUCGUGCACCAACCUAACAGUGUUCCUCAGUAGAUGGCAAUUGUGUGGACUUUGGAUCUGGACAUCCAAUUGCUGAAGGUCUUUCCGAAGUCCGUCCUCCCAUCGCUUCCUCGAUCUUCCAGUUGGAUGGAAUGCAUCCGGUUUUCCUCUAAGCACAGCUUUGACCCGGUAUUGGAACUGUGAAGACGGAGCCCUCGUCACCUCUGCCGCCUUGUGUCAAUUAUGUCGGCAACAUGGGGCCGGGAAGCUCUCUGAGAUGUGCAGACGGUACUACUGCAGCCUUUGUAGGAAAAGAAGACGACGACGAAGUCGAGGUGGUACCCCACAAUCCAAUCGUCUGUCCUGCGCAUGCCAGGAAACGGAUCGUGUAUUCCCAGAUGCUCACUAUGGCUAUCAUGGAUUCCCCAAACUGGCGCAUCUCGUUGCGUGAGAUCUAUAGAUACACCAGGAAGAACUUCCCGUGUGUCAGGUUUCGGGACAACUGGCAGAAUUCCAUCAGGCACAUCCUGUCCAUCAGCCCACUCUUCGUGAAGACGCAGCGCACACCCGAGCGCAAUGCCCACUUCUGGUCAGUCGUGCCUUCGUUCGCGGACACACUGCGGGAGAACUUCAGCUCACCCAACCAGUACUGCUGCAAGUGGCAGCUGGUGAACCGACUGCAGCGCCACUGCGCCCAGACACCGCCUCGCAAGCGUCCGCCGCAGUACGCCCAGGGCCGACUCUGCGAGCCCUCUAUCCGUUACAAAACGAGCAAGAGCUCGUCAUCCACUCGGAAGAAAACUCCACACAGUUCGUCGGGAGACAGCCGUCGCGUAGGUCCGAGGAAGCCACAACAUCCAAUUUCGACAACGUCCGUUGCAGACUUUAAAACUGAAACAAGGGACGAGUUGGAUUGGGGCUCAGAAGAUUUCCUCAGCCAUGCACCGCCCCUCAAACCACUCAUUGCGCGGGCCAUCAUGCUGUCCCCGUACAGGCACGUACCGUUAUCGGUGAUCUACGCGUACUGCAUAAGGCACUGCCCGUACUACGAGAACUACAGGUGGCAGUGCCAGAUGCUCAUUAAGAGCAUCCUGGCCAGUGAGGCGUGUUUCAAGAGGCUGUCACAGGAGGACAACAACAGAAUGGACUACUGGACAUUUGAUAUGCGAUACAAGGAUUUGUUGGAAAAAGACACCUGCCAGCCACCAGGUGACGAUCUCGACGCUGCGUACCGUAACAUCUGGGAGCACGAUCACGGACUGUACCCCAAGCGGUUGGAAUCGCAUCUGGACGAGGACGACAGCACCGGGCAGUGCCGCUCACCUGACAGCCAGCUCACGGACACGGCCUCAGAGUCCGGCUCGGAUACCGACGAAGCCGUGGGCCUGCCGCUAUGGCGGAGGCUACAGGGGUCGUCGCAGAGCUGUCCCCCUGACACUGGAUGCAGUGGAGGAGGUGCGACAAACGGAAAUAGGUCGACGACAGGUGACGGUGGAAGUGGACGUGGGUGUAGUCCAAAGCAAAACAGUGUGUGCGACUCCUAUCUGGAAUCCCUACCGAGACACAAGCAGCAGCAUUCGGGUUAUCUAUUUGUGGACCAACCCACUGAUGUGCUGGACAUUAAAGAGGAACCGCUCCCUGAAGAAUUACCCAUGGUGGACAUUUAUACUGAAGAAAACGGAGAACAAACACCAAGCAUGUGUACUACACUUCUGGAUGCUGAUGUCUUCAGACCAGUGAAAAUCAAACAAGAGAAGGACGAAUACCUCAUUCCUGUUAAAUAUGAAAUGGUUGAUACUCGGUGCUAAUACUGCUGUGAAAUUGCCAGGGAAAUAGAUCCUACUGGAAAGGAGAAUUUUUGGACUGUUGACAUCUGAAUGGUGACCAACCUGUGGUUUCUGAUCAGCAGAAAGAAGACAGAACAUGCCUCAAUCAUUGACAGCUGUGAAAAAUAUGGGUCAGUUCAACUCAAAUUGAGCUGAAACUUACCACUGAAAAGUGUUACAAGAAGUGGGAGAAGUAUUCUGGUAUGUUUCACAAAUUGUACACCUAAAUGUUCUCAGAUGAGAAAGUCAUUUUCCAAAAGUGUUACAUAAACUCGGUGGGUUAAUGUAAUGCAAGUCUGAUGGUGUACUACUUGUACGCAUGACAAGUGAGCAGGUGACGGUUUGAAAGUUUACUAGAAGUUUUGGCACGUUACUCGUGCACUCGACAGAUAAGCAAGUGACAUUUUCAAAUUUUACUAGAAGUUUCACGGUGUUAAGCAAACAGUUAUUUGUCGCAAACUGUAAAUAUUAACGAAAUGGGCAUCUGGAUCAGGAAUCUGUUCAUCCAGAUAUUAUUGUUUGCCAGAUGGAGUUACCCACUAGUGUGUUGGUAAUACAAAAUUACUGAAGUGUAAUAACAUAUAUUGUACUCUCAGCAUGAGGAGAAAUUUUCCACGAAUAUUAACACGAUACAGUUGUCUUCCAGUGUGAUGGAACUGAAGAAAUGAAUGUUUUGGAAAGUACUUGCCUCAGAUUUGUAGCCAGAGUAGUAAUAUACUUUGUGUAAAAGAGACUAUUGAGGUUUGAGGUACAGUGUGGAGUCACUUUGAGUUGAUUAGUGAAGUGGUAUGGGAUUCAUGUUCGGAAGCAGUGGCAUUUAGUUACCAUCUAGUUUUAGGUUUUUGUUGGUUGAAUCAAUUGGGGCACAAUGUCCAUUGUUACCAAUAAAAAUGACUGUUUGCAUUUGUUUAUGGUUAAUAAGUUAAUGGUUUCAGUGUCUUGACCACUGUCAGACUUUUUGAUAAUACUUGGAGUUCAUCCACAAAAUAAUUAUGUCAAAGACAUGAUAGCAUUACAAAAGUUAGAUCUACAUGGAUAUCACAGCCCCUGAGCAGUGAGAUAUUAUGGCAGAUUGCUAUGUGUCAUGCAAUUCCAGCAGUAUUUUGCAGCUGAACACACCAGCCGAAUGCCGGACAUAAAAUAGCUGCAAAUCUCUCCCACUGUGUCUUAUAUAACUGACGGGAAGCAAUCUCCUUGGACAUUAUGCAGUGUAACAAAUGAAAGGAGUUAUAAAGUGUCAUGUAAAAAGUAAAAACCCCUGCAGACAACAUAGGAUCCAUAAUAGCGCUGCAGGAAAUACAAAUGCAUUCAGCAGUAUACCAGUUGCUUUAGUGGUAGUUGUGGAUGUUAAAAUCAACUACGUAUGUUGUGAUUGUCAAGAUACACACCCUGACGAUGAUUCCAUUAUCUAAUGUGCAGGGAGGAGUGGUCUCCUUUCACAUUCUUGAGCAGCUUGUUAAUCAAAAUUCUAUAUAUACUGUGUUUAUUGUACGAAAUAGAUUUUAAUAUUAGUUGUUUCAUUUGUAUGGAUGGAAUACUGUGGGAUUGCAAGAUCUGCAGACAUCUAUGUGAAACAUAAAAUUACAGUAUUUUCAGUUUGUGAUUGUGAUUACACCAACUGCAUUAAUGUCACUGACAUGAAAUUAGUUUGAAACUAAUGAAGAUUCAGUAACAUGAAAUAUUGUCCCUGAAUUGUGUUCAGAUUCGCUGAACUCCAUUGUAGUGAGUGUUUUGUAACCAUACAGUAAAACUGAUUGUGGCGUGUCUGCCUGACUGACAAAUCUUAUUCAGGCUGUUAAAAGUAAUGAUGACUACAUACUGAGAACUGUUAUGAAUUGGAAAAAAACUUUUCAUUCCUGUUUUUUUAGUAUGCAUAAUUUUUCAAACUUCCAUUUUAUGCAAUAUUUAACUUGGUUUUGCUUCAGCCAUAAAUGGUUAAGCAUUUUUGUGAUAUCAUUUUUACUUUGCUACCCAAAAGAUUGUUCGGUAAUCCAACUUUUUGAUGUACAAAUGAGGGUAGUCCAUGUACUUGCUCUCACCGUAUGGGCUCCUGUUGUUCACAUGUCUGUUUUGAGGUCUGCAGUGUUGAAUUUUGCUUUCAAUGUAUUGUUACAAAAAGAGGAAAAAUAUGAGAGCUUUCUCUUAAAUGGUGCAAAGGGGAUUUUUUACUUUAUUAUUAAUUUAUGUAGGUGGAUUGAUUUUCGCUAAAGGCAGAAACUGCCAAAUCAACAGUCUCAUUUGAAAUUUAUAUGUUUGUGCCAUUGUCUAACAUAACCCUCAUCCCCUCUUUGGAAAUAGGCAGGAGUUGCUGUCAUUUAUUUUGUGAACAAUUACACAUAUCGAAACAUGGUUUUCAGCAAAUAUUAUAGCAUUGGGGCAUGUAUGUUUUUGAUUGGUUAAUGUUUUUAGUGCUGGUAUUGACUGAAAUAAUGGUGUGUACAUUUUUUAAAUGGAACUGUAUACUUUCUGUAUCUGCAUUCAAUAGCUCUUGAGAAGACAGUUAGCGAUAAUAGUGUUUGUUGAUGUUGAAGCCUGUCAUAAAACAAAUUCGAGAAAUGUCCUAGACUGUGAGAGCGUGGUAGCUGGAAAUGGCAUUUGCAAUGCACACACUGCCGAGCAGGCAUCUCUGACCAGGCUGCUUAGUUUUAUACUGUAAGGUAGGCCUGCAUUAUGAGAACAAAGCUUUAUUUUCCCCUUGAAUCACCUUAAGACUUCGAUGCAGUUUCACCUACAAAUUUUGUAUUUGGAAAUAAGACACAGGCUAGAAUCUAGCAUAUCGCAAAGGGCUUAGGAAAACUGUGUAUUUCACAUUUGUGUAUACUCCCAAAUUUACGCGAGCUGAAACAGAGGAAUUGAUUGAUCGUUCUUCAAAAA